AUGUCAUUAUUAAUUAAUAAACAAACAGCUACAAAUUGGAGGACAUCAAGAAGAGAACAGAGAAUAAUUUCUCUUAGAAUAAUUAUUCCAUUUAUUAUUUCUAUGAAUAUUUUUAUAAAACAAAUUAAAGCCCAACACGAAUUAUUUAACAGUCAAAAUUUUGCCCCAAAACCAACAAUAGCUCCAGAUUUGGCAAAAUAUUUUGAAUUAGAUGGGCAUGCUAGGGAAUUGGUAGAUACGUUGAUUGCGCCUAGACCGGGAGGGUAUUUUCCUGAAAAAACAUAUGAGAUUUCCAACCCACGCCCUCCACCAGCAACACCAACAGAAACACCCGACCAAUUACAACAAAUUGGCAAAGCUGUAGAACAGUUUUUAUCAGGAGGGCAACCAAAUGGUAACGAUAUCCAGUUGCCUUCUGGCUUCAACCAGGGAUUUUCUUUUAAUGGUGGAGCUAAUAAAAACAACCUUGCUUUUCAAGAGAAUUCGAAUCCUGUACACGUUGACGAUCACCCUCGUCAAUCACCCCAAAAAUCAUCUGAUGAUGACCACCUUCAAUCAGCAAAACACUCAACAGAUUCGGAUUCUUCCUCACUUCCAUUACCUCAAACUUCUCCAUCUUCAAUUGCUGGAAUCCCAAAUGAUUUUCCAAAAUUGCCAAAGUUCCCUAUGAGCGCCCUUCCAGCAGAAAUCAGAAGGCAACAGCCUCAAACAUUGAGACAGCCAUUAAAUGACUUGCCCAGAUUUGCUUCGAAGCCUGAGAUCCCUGAUGGAGGACUUGGACUAGCUGCUUCAUUGGAUCCAGUUCGUCCAAACUCUGUUUCUGCUUCAGAACCGCGUUCUUCCUUUCUCACAUCGAGUGCUUCGGGAGAUUCAUACGGUGACUCUUCUGCCGAUUCUAUUGAUGAGCCUGCGCCCGGAGGGCUUAUUGGCACAAUAAUGGAUUUGUUUGGAUUAAAUAAAGAUGGACGACCUCAGACAGAUGCGAGUGGUAUUGGAAGAGCUGUAGGGUCUUUACUUGGUGGGAGCAAUUCUCCUUUGCCUGGAAAACAAGUGAUAAGCAAUGUUUUAUAUAAAGCCUUAACUUCUGGUUCUGUCCAAUCUCCAACAAACAACGAUUCAACCCCUGCUAAUGCCUCAGCUGCUCUUUCAAGUCUUUCCUCAAUGCUACCAGCAAACAGUCCAUUAGCGGCUGCAGCCGCAGCUCUUUUCUCCUCUCCUGAACUCAAUACUUCAACACCCUUAACUUUAACUCAAGCACAGCAAGAAGCUAUUGGUGAAAAUUUAGAAAUGAUUCAGAAUUUAAUUGUGCAGCCAAGCAGCCCUCUAUGUUCUCCAAAACCAGUUGUUGUUCAAGAUUUCCUGUUGGACGCAUUAAUGGGGCAGUGGUAUCAGGUUGUGUACAGUCCAUUAGUAGCUCAAAGUGGUUGUUCUGUUGUUUCGUAUCGAAAAAUAUCUGAUGUCAAUGGAGGCGGGAUUGGGUCUAUUUUCGAAGUUUUUGAGUAUUCAACUGAUGGUACCCCUUAUAGUAAACCAAAAAUUAAUUCUGGAUAUGGCAUACUUAAACAACAAGGGGAACUAAUUUUUAGAACAACUGCCCACCAAGAGGAUGUAGACAUUCAUGUAAUCUUUGUUGGACCUUUAAAUGCAAAGGGACAAUAUGAAUUUGUUGUUCUUUCGAGUAAUUGUAAUUAUCCCCUUUAUGUAUUUGCAAGGGAACCUAUUGAAUAUAAACAAGCAAGUUUUUUUUUGUUUUUUCGAUAAAAAUCGUUAACUCUAAGGAAUGACUGAUAAGUAAGGGUAUAACCGAUUUGAGCGCUACGAAACAGCGGUUAUGCAAAUGCUUGAACAGAAGGGCGUAAUUAAUGGCUUUAG